AUGCUCAAGGAGAUGAAGCGAAUAAAGCGUCGAGAACUUGGUCCAGAAACUCUGACGGCCCUUCAAUGCAAGGAAUACGAGUUCAAAAGUCGGAUUGAUUACGUGGAAGUUCCUUGCGAUGCCAGUAUCCACGAAGUGACAAUAGCCGAUCCUGGUUCAGAAGUUCUCAAGGACCUGCGUCAUCGUCCAUCUCGUCGGCGAAGUAGCAGUUCUACUCGAAGUUCUGCCUAUAAGCCUCUUAACUGGAAAGACAUUUGUAUCAGAUUUGGUCAAAAUUUGACAAUGGGUGAUGGUUUGUACAUAGAUAAAGUUAAUUACGAAAAUCCAGGAAUAGGAAGUUUGAAGAGAGGAGAUCAAAUUAUAGCCAUUGAGGGAAUAGUUUUCGAUGGUCUGACCCUAGAUAAGUUGAAUCAGGAAGUCGAAGUAGUGGAUGAUGAAUUCAGAUCAGUUCCAAUUGCGGUGGCUACGUACUAUGAAAUUGCGACAAGCAUUUUGGAAUGCUGGAUAACCAACAAGUGGCCGGAAGUGGUAAUGGACGGCAAUAAGAGACCAGAACUUCAUUUCACUAUUGCUCGGCGAGAUUUUGACGUAGAAAAAAUUUCACAGAUGCCUGAACCCGAGUACGCCUCGAUUCGCCAUGGAGCAAGGAAAUCUCGUUUAACGUCUCAUAGAAACCAGCAAUGGGAUGAGGAUUACGCCGAGAUAGAGAUGAUAGACUUUCCUAAAACUAGUGCAGGCGUUGGAGCCUUCCUUACUCCCGGUCCAAACGGCAUGGGUGCUCGCGUUGAACGUCUAGCGAAAGGCGAACUAGCCGAAAAAUUCCACAAUCAUGAGGACAGACGCAAACACACUUACGACGUCCGUCUGUUUACGCCCAGCGGUCUGGAGGAGUUUGAGCUUAUCCAAGGUGGAACAUCAUGA